AUGCAUCUUCCAUUGUUGCCAGAAACCUUCAGCAGGCAAUUAAGAGAUGGAUCUGACCUCGUUCGAAACGCAAUAGUUGGCUUGGCCUGGACACCUGCCGUGUCUGUGGCGAGAUCGGCCAUUCUCGCUACUUUGUCAUGCAUUGACACUGGUACGCUUCUACUUGUCAAUGAACCCGGAGAAACUCGUCAUGUGUUUGGUCGAAACCUCUCUUCUGGUGUUGACCUGUCGCCCACGGCGAGUACUCGGGAGAGGCGGGCAGGCAAUACACCUCGCGUGGAGAUUGUUAUCAAGAGGGAGACGUUUUGGAUGCGGCUGUUUUUGUUUGCUGACAUUGGGUUUUCUGAGGCAUACAUGCUCGGAGAUUUCCUCUGCGAAGACCUGACUUCAUUCUUCCAGCUCUUCAUCAUCAACAGAGACCGCAUGAGCAACGGAACCACGAUCGGAUCUAGGAUCUCAUCUUCGCUUUCCUAUCUUGCCAGAUCCACCAAUACUCUCUCCAGCUCAUUAUUGAACAUUUCGGCGCACUAUGACAUUAGUAACGACAUGUUUGCCGCCUUCCUCUCAAGCGACAUGACAUACUCUUGCCCAAUCUGGCAAACUCGAGUCGGUCCCGGCCUAGAUGACGAGAGUCUAGAAUCUGCCCAGCAGAGGAAACUAGCUCGCUUUGUCGAUGGCGCAAAGCUCAAGGCAACGGACCAUGUUCUUGAAAUAGGUACUGGUUGGGGCUCCUUUGCCAUCGAAGCUGUCCGCAAAGCUGGUUGCAGAGUAACGACCAUAACACUUUCUAAGGAGCAAAAAGAAUUGGCAGAGGCACGAGUGUGCGCGGCCGGCUUGCAUGAAAGAAUCGAGGUGAUGUUGACUGACUACCGCCAACUCCCUGUCCCCGAAAAGCCAUACGACAAGAUUGUGUCUAUUGAAAUGCUCGAAGCAGUUGGUCAGGAGUACCUGGGGACUUAUUUCAAGUGCGUCAAUAGACUCCUCAAGCCAGACGGAGGCAUCGCGAUGUUCCAAUGUAUAACGAUGCCUGAGAACCGUCAUGAAGCAUACUCCAAAUCAGUAGAGAGGGUACCUACCCUCGAUCACACAAUUGUUGAGCCACAUCAGCGAGCACUCCCAUGGCACACUCAUAGUUGA